AUGCUGUACUCGUUGUUCUUAGUGCCAUCGCUGUUCCUGCUGGUGAUGCCUGUCCCUAGCCAUGGCUGGUCGAGGCCCCUCUGGUACCAAGUAGGGCUGGACUUGCAGCCCUGGGGCUGCCAGCCAAACAGCCCAGAUAGCUGCAGGAGCAGCCUGGGCUGCCCUGGCUACUGGAUGGGCCUGGGAGGAAAUCGCAUCUACCCUGUGGCUGGGGUCACGAUCACCACUACCAUGUUACUGGUUAUCAGUCGUGUGAUACUGCACCGGUGGCGAGCUAAUGUUGUCAAGGAGCAGCUCCCACAGGUGACCUCCAGCUCCUGCAAACACUGGAAACGACAGCCUAUUGUCUCAGACCGCACCCUGGUCCUCAGGGUCCUUCACAUGCUGGAUGCCAUACUGCUCCACAUUGAGGGCCACCUGCAGCAGUUGGCUUCCCAACAGCAAAUGCAAAUAAAAGGGUCAACCACUCAGACUGGGUGA